GCGCCCGCCCUCUGACCGGGCUAUAACACUCGGCCCCGCCGGGCGGCCGCGGGUGGGUAGAGGUGCGCGCCUGGGACCUGAACAUGGACUUCCCGUGCCUCUGGCUAGGGCUGUUGCUGCCUUUGGUAGCUGCGCUGGAUUUCAACUACCACCACCAGGAAGGGAUGGAAGCGUUUUUGAAGACUGUUGCCCAAAACUACAGUUCUAUCACUCACUUACACAGUAUUGGGAAAUCUGUGAAAGGUAGAAACCUGUGGGUUCUUGUUGUGGGGCGGUUUCCAAAGGAACACAGAAUUGGGAUUCCAGAGUUCAAAUACGUGGCAAAUAUGCAUGGAGAUGAGACUGUUGGGCGGGAGCUGCUGCUCCAUCUGAUUGACUAUCUCGUAACCAGUGAUGGUAAAGACCCUGAAAUCACAAAUCUGAUCAAUAGUACCCGGAUACACAUCAUGCCUUCCAUGAACCCAGAUGGAUUCGAAGCCGUCAAAAAGCCUGACUGUUAUUACAGCAUCGGAAGGGAAAAUUAUAACCAGUAUGACUUGAAUCGAAAUUUCCCCGAUGCUUUUGAAUAUAAUAAUGUCUCAAGGCAGCCUGAAACUGUGGCAGUCAUGAAGUGGCUGAAAACAGAGACGUUUGUCCUCUCUGCAAACCUCCAUGGUGGUGCCCUCGUGGCCAGUUACCCAUUUGAUAAUGGCGUUCAAGCAACUGGGGCAUUAUACUCCCGAAGCUUAACACCUGAUGAUGAUGUUUUUCAAUAUCUUGCACAUACCUACGCUUCAAGAAAUCCCAACAUGAAGAAAGGAGACGAGUGUAAAAACAAAAUGAACUUUCCUAAUGGUGUUACAAAUGGAUACUCUUGGUAUCCACUCCAAGGUGGAAUGCAAGAUUACAACUACAUCUGGGCCCAGUGUUUUGAAAUUACGUUGGAGCUGUCAUGCUGUAAAUAUCCUCGUGAGGAGAAGCUUCCAUCCUUUUGGAAUAAUAACAAAGCCUCAUUAAUUGAAUAUAUAAAGCAGGUGCACCUAGGUGUAAAGGGUCAAGUUUUUGAUCAGAAUGGAAAUCCAUUACCCAAUGUAAUUGUGGAAGUCCAAGACAGAAAACAUAUCUGCCCCUAUAGAACCAACAAAUAUGGAGAGUAUUAUCUCCUUCUCUUGCCUGGGUCCUAUAUAAUAAAUGUUACAGUCUCUGGACAUGAUCCACACCUCACAAAGGUGAUUAUUCCAGAGAAAUCCCAGAACUUCAGUGCUCUUAAAAAGGAUAUUCUACUUCCAUUCCAAGGGCAAUUGGAUUCUAUCCCAGUAUCAAAUCCUUCAUGCCCAAUGAUUCCUCUGUACAGAAAUUUGCCAGACCACUCAGCUGCAACAAAGCCUAGUUUGUUCUUAUUUUUAGUGAGUCUUUUGCACAUAUUCUUCAAAUAAAGUAAAAUGUGGAACUCAACCCACAUCACCACCUGGAAUCAGGGAUUGCUCACUCCAGGUUCCUGCAACCCUAAGUCACUCUAGUGGGACCUUGACUGGAGAAACUCCAUGAUCUUCCUGAAGAAGAGAAAUGGAUGUUUCCAAAUUCCACAAUAAGCAAUAUGUGGUGAUAAUGAAAAGAAUGAUUCAGUCUUGACAAUGAAUGGAAGACACUUACCUAACAAGUACUGCUCAUUUACACUCAAAUUAAUCUUGAAGUAGUCUUAAAAUGUGUAAGAAGUUAAAACUUGAGACGCAAAAAAAUGCCUGCAAAAAGAAGAUCAUUUUGUAUACAGAGAACCAGAUGAAUAUAAGCAAUGAAGAUGAACAUUUAUUGAUCUUCUACAUACAAGACUUCACCAUAAGGCCAGGAGCAGUGGCUCACACCUUGUAAUCCCAGCACUUUGGGAGGCCAAGGUGGGCGGAUCACCCUGAGGUCAGGAGUUCAAAACCAGCCUGACCAACAUGGUGAAAUCCUGUCUCUACUAAAUAUUAGCGGGGCAUGGUGGCGGGCACCUGUAAUCGCAGCCUUUUGGGAGGCUGAGACAGGAGAAUCGCUUGAACCCUAGAGGCAGAGGUUGCAGUGAGCCGAGAUAGCGCCAUUGUACUCCAGCUUGGGCAACAGAGUAAGACUCUGUCUCAAAAAAAAAAAAAAAAAAAAAAACCUCACCAUGAGUGCUAUAUGUGAAUAGAUAUUAAGUGCCAUAUAUAAUUAGUUCUCAGAAGAAGGAAGAAAUGAUCAUAGGACUGGGAAUUGUUUUGCAAACGUUCUAGGAGAUAUGAGAGAAAAUAUGUAACCACAUCUUAGUGGCCCAAGAAAAUACAGGCCUGAAGGGAUAAGAUUGUGUCUCUAUAGAGCUUCAAAGCAUACAGGUCAAUUAAGUAAGCCCCUCUCCCUCCAGAGCCAAGUUUCCCUAGCUUUUGGCACCUGGAUGCCACAGUCCUCCAUUAGGCUGAUGACUCCAAAGAUGUAACUCUAGCCUCUUGCCUGAGCUUCAGACUCACGUCCCACUGCCCACAGGACACAUCCACCUGGAUGUGACUCACAGGUACCUCAAACCCAUCAUGUGGAGAUACUCAUCCUGUUCCCCCUACAGCUGCUCUUCCUGCUGCAUUCUCUCUCUCAAUUACUGGGACCACCAAGCUAGGAACCUGGGAGUCAUCCUUGAUACUUUCUCUUCCCCCUCAAUCCCGUGUAUUCAGCAAGUAACUAAAGGUUGAUGUUGGCCGGGCAUGGUGGCUCACGCCUGUAAUCCCAGCAUUUUGGGAGGCCAAGGUGGGCGGAUCACUUGAGGUCAGGAGCUCAAGACCAGCCUGGCCAACAUGGUGAAACCACAUGUCUACUAAAAAAAAAAAAAAAAAAAAAAAAAUUGGGCGUGGUGGUGUGUGCCUGUAAUCCCAGCUACUGGGGAGGCUGAGGCAGGAGAAUCGCUUGAACCCGGGAGGCAGAGGUUGCAGUGAGCCGGGAUUGCGCCAUUGUACUCCAGCCUGGGUGAAGAAGCGAGACUCUGUCUUAAAAAAAAAAAAUUGGUGCUGAUAAAUAUUGAUGAAUUCUGCUCUCUGCUCUCCAUGGUUGUCAACACUGCAGAGUUGAGGCCUCAUAUCUCACCUGCACUGCUGCAACAGCUUUACUGGUCCCUUGCUCCCAGCCUUCUCCUCUUCAGUCAACCCUCCACACAGCAAUGGGGAAGGGGAGCCACUUGAAACAAAAGUCAACAACUGGUUGUAGUUCAUAAACACAGAGCUGUUUGUGUCCCCCGUAUCUGGAAUGCCAUUAUGACCCACUACAUUUUUUCUUUCCUACCCCUCUUAAAACUCAGUUCAGGUAGCAGCUCCACUAGGAAGCCUUGGCUGACCAUAAUCCCAUUCAAUUCCAUUCCACCUCUUUGCAGGCAGUCUGGGGUUAGGGACCCUUUCUCUUUGCUCCCCAAAAUAAACUGGUUAUCUCUACUAUUGGAUUUACAACACUGUAUUAUAAUCUUCUACUUCCAUGUGUGCCUUCUCUAGUAGAAUGUGAGCUCUUUGAGGCCAAGGUCUAUUUAAUUUGUUUGAAAAAUUCAUUGUUAUAUCCUCAAAGCCUAGCACAUAGUAGGUACUGAAUGAAUGAAUGAAUGAAUAAGGGGUGCCAGGAGACUGCUACUCCCAGUCCUUCCCAGAAACUGCCUAGGGCUUUGAGUCAUUUUCUGAAGCUAGGUCUUAUGCGUAAGCAACCUCCAGCUCACUAUGAACACUGACAGAAGAGUGUUUUCUUGUCUAUAAUCAAGAAUUCCAGAUACAUUCCUUUUACUGGACCUUGAAUUGAUCCUAAGGUUGGUAGUAAAGGUAUUAUGUUACCUCUUAACAGCACUACCAACUACCUUUUUUAUCCGAAAAAAAUUUUACCAUUAGGACUCAAUUUGAAGUACUAAUGCUUCUCAAGUUCUCCACUAUGACAGUUACCCUGUAUUAAACCGUUACCUAUAAGAAUUAAGGGAUAAAGCACUAAACAGAAAAAAAAAAAUAGCAACUCUGGUGAGAUUUCUUUCCUUCCUUCCUUCCUUCUCCUCUUCCUACCUUCCUCCCUCCUUUCUUUCCCUCUCCUCGCUUUCUCUCCCUUUCCCUCCCCUUCUCUUCCUUUUCUUCUUUCCUCCGCUCCCCCCCUUCCCUCCCCUUCCCAUCCUUCUUUCUCUUUUUUUUUUACUUAAUCCCCAGUGUGAUAGUAAUAUAGGCUGAUUUCUAGAAGUGUGGUGUAUUACUCGUGGAAAGUGAGUUGCCUUGGUUAUUACUUUCAAUUGAAAGUUCUAUGGGAUCUAGAAAUGAAACAUACUGGCAUGGAAAGUGAGAACCACAAAGGAAUAAAGAGCUACAGGAGCAUUUAGGCCAUUUCUAUGCCAAGCUUAUUCUACAUGCACAAAAUCAUACAUGUUAAUAUAAACAAAAUUUGGAGGCUUCUUUAAACCACUUAUAAAAUCUGGUAAUUUGUGCAGCAGCAAUAGAUAACCAAAAAAAAUCUCAUAAUAAUCUGAAUAUCUUGAUCAUUUUUAUUUAAAGAAGCAGUAAUUAUAUACUUGAAAGUACAUAAUAUAAUAUUGCAAAAAUGACUUUGGUAUAUUACAAAUAAAAGUAUAUAAGAUGAAACUUGAUUUGCUAUCAAGCCCCAAGCAAUUUUUCAACUGGGCAUUGAAUUCUAACUUUUCUAAGAUAGCAAUUUUUGAAGGGACACGAACUAAAAUCUGAAUUAGUUCAUGAACCUUAAUGUAAAUCUCUUGCUGAAAUAAUGUUUUUAAAAUCAGAAUUUAGUAUCAGACUCAAAAUCAUUUAAAGACUAACAAAACACAAUCAUGGUAUUCUAACUGUGGUCAAACCAGGUACCCAAACCACCUCCCUGCCCAACACCUUUCCGGCUUUUCCCCUCCCUCUUGGGCUGGUGGUUAUGCUCCUCCAGCUCUAGUUCAGCUAUAAUUCCUUUUAUAGAGAAACCAACCUGAUACACACUUUCAUGAUGGGAGAAAAACGUGGGAGUGAAAUGAUAUUUAGAAAGCAGCAGUCAGGCACGGUGGCUCAUGCCUGUAAUCCCAGCACUUUGGGAGGCUGAGGCAGGCGGAUCACUUGAGGUCAGGAGCUCGAGACCAGCCUGGCCAACAUGGUGAAACCCCAUCUCUACUAAAAAAAUACAAAAAUUAGCCAGGCGUGGUGGCAGGCACCUGUAAUCCCAGCUACUUGGGAGGCUGAGGCAGGAGAAAUCGCCUGAACCCAGAAGGCAGAGGUUGCAGUGAGCCAAGAUCACAUCACUGCACUGCACUCCAACCUGGGUGACAGAGCGAACCUCUGUCUCAAAAAGAAAAGAAAAAAGGCAGAAGCCCUGGAUUCAAAUCCACCACACAUUCAGUUUCUUUAUCUGUAAAAUGGAGACACCCCCCCACCCCGCCGCUGAACGGUGAUUCUGUGACUGUUAGAAACAGUGGUAAGAGAUGCUACAUUUUUGGUGUUUGUUCAGGUGGAGGAAAGAUAGUUAAUACUCAGGUAAUAACUAUUUUGAAGACAGUAUAAUAUACCUUCUUAAAGAGUAUACCUACUCAAAUGUUGGUAAAUGUUGACAUGACUGAAUCUAAAUGGCAAAGAGUAUUUUAGAAAAACAUUAAGUCCCUGCAGAUAAAUGACAGUGUUGAUUUGGAUGCUUAAUUUAAUUACAUUCAGACUUGAACUGUUGGAUGUAUCAGAACUGUUAAAAGCUUUUUCUCAACAUUUCCAAAAGCCUUUCCAAGAAAUCAAUGUUAUGUUUUGUUCCAGAAGCAAAUUUGCAUUUGUGAUCUGUUUCUAAAAAUGGUAUAAGUUAGCUCUGUUUAGAAAGUAAAAAUAUCUGAUGUUAGAUUGGAAGUAUCUCUUCCUGGGGAAUCCAGAAAGAUAAGCAUAGCAUAUUGUCUUAUUGCAACAGAUAAGUUGCUUAUUGAGAAGUAUGGUUGUUAUUCUGUAUGGUAACAAUACAGUUGAUGUAUAUUUUAUGAUAGAUCCUUUAUAUUUUCCUCAUGACUUUAGAAGGGGGAAGGGGGAGAAAAUUAUGAUGACCAGACUAGUUAAAGAGCAUUGAAAGUCCACAGUACUGUAGCUAAAGUAGAAGUUUGGGUUAUAGACUUUACAUUAUAUCAACUAAUAAGCAGAUACUGUACAGUAUUGCUCACCAUUUUAUCAUACUUUUGCAUAUGAACUACUCCAUAGCCUUUUAUAGAUGUUUUAUAGCUGACCUUACCAGUUUUCCUGGUAACUUUUUUUAUUUCUUUUUUCUUUUUGAGACGGGGUCUCG